GUGUGUUAAAGAGAGUUACAGCUGGAAGUGUAAAGACAGAGGGAGCUGUAAGAAUGGACGUAGACACAGAGAGACAGACAGAGGAUCUGAUCUGAGCCCCUGGAGGUUUGAGCGCUCGCUCACUUUGAGCUUUGGAAGAGGACUGGGACUGUGUGGAAAAGCCACACCUGCACAAAAAUGGGACCGAGGACAUAAUGCAGAUUGCAACCAUGUGUAUGGUGUCAUUGCCCUCCAGACAUAUGGACAACUCCCAAUAUCACGGCACACUCUGCUGGACAUAACCUGGUGCUCUGGAUACUUUCUAUGUAUGGAUGUGGUUUGGAAUCCUGAUAAAGAAGUAAACACAAAUGAAUGAACUGAUCUUGGUCUUAGUUGACCAAUAACGCUACACCGAAGUCAACAUAGAGAUAAGAUUGAUAAGGGUUAACAAUCUGCUGUGAGAGGAACCAUGAUGUCCACAGCUUUCCGUUGGGUGGUGCUAGUAGUCUUCAUCGUGCUGACCAUUGGUGGAAACGUGCUGGUGAUUCUGGCGGUGGGAACUAGCCGACGACUGCGCCGAAUCAGCAACUGCUUUGUGGUGUUGCUGGCCAUAACAGACCUCCUUCUGGGCCUGCUAGUGCUGCCCCUCAGUGCCACUCUGGAGCUGGGCAGUGGACGCUGGACACUAGGGGGCACCUUUUGCAACAUCUACCUCUCUGUGGAUGUGCUUCUCUGCACCACCUCCAUUUUCUCCAUACUGGCCAUCAGCAUAGACCGCUACUUGGCCAUCUCAGGACCACUCAGUUACUCCAAAAGAGUGACCCCACUGAGGGUAGCAGCCGCAAUCGGAGCCAUCUGGGCCGUCUCAAUGACGGUGGCCUUUGUGUCCAUCCACCUGGGCUGGAACACGGUGGAUUUCAGCGUGCAGAAUGCAGACUGGGAGAUGGGGGACGAGGGCGAGGAGGGCAGGACCUGCCGCUAUGAGUGGAACAACAACUACGUUCUGCUGGACGCCUUUGGAACCUUCUUCCUUCCUCUUCUGGUCAUGUGUGGGCUGUAUCAUCGGAUCUUCCUUGUGGCACGUGCGCAGGCACGUCGCAUCCGUGCUGCUACACCCUCCUUUCUCCGUUCUGCAUCCCUGGUGGCCACAGCACGGGAGCACAAAGCAACGGUGACCCUGGCAGCUGUGCUGGGGGCCUUCAUCAUCUGCUGGCUUCCAUACUUCAUCUACUUCAUCUGCAUGGGCCUGAGGCGCGAGAUGGACCCACCACACCUCACGCACUCAGUGGUGCUCUGGCUGGGCUACUUCAACUCCGCCCUGAACCCCAUCCUCUACCCGGCCCUCAACAGGGACUUCCGCCAGGCCUAUGGUCAGCUGCUCCGGUGCUCGACCGCACAGAAGUGGACCCCCAUCCCCAUAAGGACCUUGCAGCAGGAGAGAAGUGUUUCUAAUGGGCUUCAGAGUGAACCUCACUGGAACAAGCAAUGUGGGGAGACACGUCUCAACCUGAGAGAGGCUAACGAUGAUGCCAGCCUUGAACACGGCAGUUAACACUUGUGAGUUGUGCAGAACUCGAGCUUUGUAGCUCUCAUUAUAAGGACUUCUGACCUCUGCUGACCUCCGAGAUGAGGCUAAAGGGAGCCACCCGACAACACCUCUUUGAAUGGGAAGAGGCAAAUGUUUCACAGUUACAUCAUAAAUUUUCCCGUGUUUUUCAACCCAAUCGCUGUCUGUUGCAUCAGCAACAUAUGGUUCAUUAGCACAGACAGUAAUUUCCCUGCAACCAAAAAGGGAAGCGGAUACUCGCAGACUUGAAAGACACUCGUAAUAGAAGGCAGUUGCUGAGCUUCAUGAAGAAGCAUUUACAUUGCAUCACUACCUAACAUGUAUUUGAAACCCCAACAGUGCAGGUACCAGAAUAACAGGCUGAGAUGUUUUAGCAAUGUUAAUCUGUACUUUACUGGUCCUGCGAGGGAAAUUUGUCACUUUGCUGGCUAACUAUGUCCAGUGUGGGAGCAAGAUAGAGUCACCCACAGAACACCACCACCUGGAACGGUGCCUUGCCCAAGGACAUAGCCAGAGGUUCCCGUCAGUCCUGGGGUUUGAAUCCGUGACCUUCCACUUGCUGGAGCACAUAUUUAAUUGCGUGUAGAGGUGCUUUCUGAAUAUGUUACAUUGUAAAAAUGUAAAAUAUGAUAUUAUUAAUCACCAGAGAGAAGAACUUGUUAUUUAAAAGAAUACACUGCACAGCAAUGCAUACAUAAAAGACCUUGGGAUAUAUGUGUAUGCCGCUGUGGUCAGAAGAAAACCUUGCAUCUCCAUUUUUGUCAUUUUUCAGUUUUUUGCAUAAUUUGAAAAUGUCUCU